AUGAGUUUAGCCCAGGUAUACUCCUCCCCCGCCCCCUUCGCUGCCUGCACAGGCCCUAACGUGGUCGUGUGUUCUUCAGGUCCUAACAUGGUCGUGUGUUCCUCUGGCCCUAACGUGGUCGUGUGUUCCUCAGGCCCUAACGUGGUCGUGUGUUCCUCAGGCCCUAACGUGGUCGUGUCAGACCCCCUUGUACCAGGACCCCCUUGUACCAGGACCUCCUUGUACCUGGACCCCCUUGUACCAGGACCCCCCUUGUACCAGGACCCCCCUUGUACCAGAACUGUUACUACAGGACCCCCCUUGUACCUGGACCCCCUUUGUACCAGGACCCCCUUGUACCAGGACCCCCUUGUACCAGAACUGUUACUACUGGACCCCCUUGUACCAGAACUGUUACUACAGGACCCCCUUGACCCCUUGUACCAGAACUGUUACUACAGGACCCCCUUGUACCUGGGCCCCUUGUACCAGAACUGUUACUACAGGACCCCCUUGUACCAGGACCCCCUUGUACCAGGACCCCCUUUGUACCAGGACCCCCUUGACCCCCUUGUACCAGGACCCCCUUGUACCAGGACCCCCUUGUACCAGAACUGUUACUACAGGACCCCACUUGUACCAGGACCCUCCUUGUACCAUAACUGUUACUACCUGACCCCCUUGUACCAGAACUGUUACUACAGGACCCCCUUGUACCAUAACUGUUACUACAGGACCCCUUGUACCAGGACCCCCAUGUACCAGGACCCCCUUGUACCAGGACCCCCUUUGUACCAUAACUGUUACUACCUGACCCCCUUGUACCAGAACUGUUACUACAGGACCCCCUUGUACCAUAACUGUUACUACAGGACCCCCUUGUACCAGGACCCCCUUGUACCAGGACCCCCUUGUACCAGGACCCCCCUUUUACCAGGACCCCCUUGUACCAGGACCCCCUUGUACCAGGACCCCCCUUGUACCAGGACCCCCCUUGUACCAUAA